UACAUUCUUUAACUGUUUCUUGUUUGUAUAGUGCAAUAUGUUCUGUUGGUAGAAAGCCGAUUUAACAUAUUCACAAAGUUAGUUACAAAUAGUGUGCAAUACGAUGUCAUCGCAGUUCGAAAAAAGUUAUAAAACCUAAUUUGCAAAUUAAAAAAAAAAAAAAAAAAAUACAACUAAACAAUGUUUUAUUUUAAACUUUUAUUGAUCAUUAUAAUUGGUUUAUCAAGAGGAAUCGUUUACGAUAAUUUUUGCAAAGAUUAUCCCUCUUCCCCUCAAUGUCAACUUAUAAAUAAAAAUACAAGACCUCCGAAUGAAAAAUGUAAUCCAUUUGCUAAUGAAUGCAAGCUGAACGAUUUUGUGGAUAGUAGUAUUGCAUCUUGUAAAAUUUAUUCAGAAAGUGGCACUGAUAACCCUGAUCUUAGAUGUUUUCCACAAAUUACUGCUCCCAUAAACGUUUAUACUCAACGUAUAAUCGCAGUAAGUGAAGGCGAUCCCAGUUGCGUGCCGGUAAAGUACAAAAUGAAAUUAGUUUGUGGUGAUAGAGGUACUAGAUGCGUGUGUGAUACUGGUGAUUCUAGAAUAAGUGACCCAGUAAAUAAAUGGACACAGCAUUUAUGCAGGUGUCAAUGGUCGAUCGACUUUUGUUCAAUAAAUGAUGUUUGUACAAAUAAUUCAAAAUGCAUAAGCUCUGGUUCAAGCCUACUUUGCACUGAUGGAUCAGUUAACCAAUGCACUAUUAGUCCAAGCUUAUGUCAAAGUAUGAACUCAUACUGUGUGGAGUUAAUUGAUACUCCGAAUACGCAAUGGACUAUCGGUUCCGGAGGUGAAGGCUUUGGGUUUAUAUGUAUUGACAAAUCACUUUUUAAUAACAUCAAUAACUUGGCUCCAUACUGCAAUUUAAACAUCACUAACCAAGUUAUAAAAAGUAAUUUUCGCAUCCCAUAUGAUGGAAUUGAUUACUGUUGUUAUGCUUACCUCACUUGCGUUAAAAAAGGAGAUAAAGUUGGAGGAUUUUUAUUAAAACCAAGGCCUUGCUACUGCCUUACAGAAUUUAAAAAAUGUUUAUUAAGUAUAAAAAUUGUUCGUCAAAAAGAUUUUGCUCUUUCUUUUUUCACAUUCCUCAAUAAAAUUGCAGGAUGCACAUUUGAUGAUACUGGAAAAUGUAAUCCACAAACUCCAUCUACUUGUGAAAAAGGAGACCUUAUAAAUCCCAAAUAUGCUAAUUGUAAAAUUAAUUGUUUAACCGGACCUUUGUUACCUAUUGAGAUACGCUCAUGCAGAAUUCGCAAAUGCAUUCCACCAAAUAACUUUAUUGGUAUGCGAAUACUUGAUGUUCCUAAUCCUUUUGAAAGCUCUCGAUGCGAUCCUGUUAAAGAUCUACCAAUUGAGUGCGGGUUUUCUGGUACAAGAUGCGUUUGCGACGGCCAUCCAUCUGGGGACGUUUAUACAGACGGAUGCAGAUGUCAAUAUUGGCCGGUGUAAUUUUAAAUAAAAUAUAUAUUUUUUAAUCGGUUAAUUGUGUUUUGGAUCUUUUUUCCAGAACUAGAAUUCAGUUUUGAGAUUAGAACUUUCAUUGUUAUAAAAUUUUUUACAAGACUGCUUUUGUUUGUUUA